AGCGUUUAUGAAUAAGGGCCGCCAUAUCUAGAACUGAAGAUGUUGAUCGCAGGAGUUUUAAUAUCAUUUUUUUACCUCAAUGUUGCCUCAAGUUUUAAUCCGGGAAAAAGAGAUGAGGAAAUGAGAAGAGCUUUGUAUCUACGAAGCGAAUCAUCCCGUCCGCAGAUAGAAAAGGAUCAGGAAUGGAACAAACAUAAUUUGGUUAUGAAUGAUUUUUACGCAGCCAGGGAUGAAGUUGCCAGAAGAAAUCUAAGGAUCCAACAAUGGAAAGACAUGGAACGAAUGAGGAGAAUGAGACAACCGCAGUUUUUCGACAUGAGUAGAGAUGGAGCUGGAAUCCAGCAGCAAGAAGGUGGUUAUUUUAAGCGAGAAAUAGAUUACGUGCAUUGCAUGGACACUUGCAAAAAUGAAUAUGAUCCACAAUUAUGCUGUAAAAUGAGAUGCAAAAUGGAUUUUUGUUUAUUGCAACUUCCGGGAGUUGCAGCUUGAGUGCUACUGUUAUUUAUCUUUAAAUAUUAACUACGUGUAUUACUGUAUUUAGUUUUUGCUAUUGUUUUUGCCAUUAAAAAUGAAUGCUUGGAUACAGGCCUUUUUACUUUAUUAAAACACCCGCAAAGUUAUUCCGAAUUCAAAAUCGGAAGACGAUCUAACAACUGAAUCUUUACAACCAGAUUGUCAAUUGACGUAGAAACUUAACGCACUGCAAAACGUGGCGUAGAGCAUUCUUAUAGAACACGACCAAUUAAUUCUUUACUGACUGAUAGUCUUUGGUAGAGCGUUUGCUUCCAGUGCGGCAGGUCUUCGGUUUAAACCCCGGCCGAGUCAUGCCAGAGACUAUAAAGUUCCUUUCCGCUUAGCGCUUAGCAUGAAGAAAUGAUUGAUAUCUUAGGCUGUUGUUUAGUUAUGCGAUUGCUGUGCUUGCACAACUUUUGUAGAUCGAAUGGGAGCUAGGGAUCCCUUCAAUUAAAAGAAUUUUUCUAAAUGUGAAGGCACUGAAAUUU